AUGUGGCUGUUCAUCCUUUUCAAGUCUGAUGUUGUCACUGACACGAACUUGAUUAAUAUUCUGGCAGAAGUUUCUCAGACAGGAAAACAAAGGCACAUUCCUUAUAGAGAUUCAAAGCUGACUUUUCUGUUACAGGAAUCUCUAGGGGGAAAUGCAAAGUUGGCAAUGAUAUGCGCCAUUUCUCCAUCUCAAAGCUGUAAGAGCGAGACUCUCAGUACUUUAAGAUUUGCGCAACGAGCCAAAGCAAUCAAGAAUAAAGCGGUUAUUAAUGAGGAAAUGCAGGAAGAUGUAAAUGUCUUGAGAGAAGUGAUUCGGCAGUUGAGGGAUGAACUGCACAGGAUGAAGGCCAACAACCAUGAUCAAACCGGUCAAAAUGGGGCUUAUGCUACUGGAUGGAACGCCAAGAGAAGUUUGAAUCUUCUGAGAUUUAGCCUGAAUCGGCCAAUGAUGACUAUUACUGAAGAUGAUAGUGAUGAAGAAAUGGAGAUAGUGGAUGCAGAUGAAGAAAUAUUAGCAGCUCCUGAGGAAAAAUGCCCGUUAUCACCUGAACAAGGAUUUGGUGGUACAGAUGGUAAUAGUGAAGAUGAAGCAGUUGAAACAGUUGAAAGGGAUAAAUCCAGUGUAAUUGGUGAUGAUGGGCUAAUGGGAAGACAUGAAGAAAUGUUUCACGAAAGUAGGUCAAAGAUAGUACAUGGUAAUGAUGAUUGUACACAGUCAGAAGAUGAAGAAUGCACUUCCUCUGAUUCUAGAAAAUUGCCAGGCAGUGACCUAUCUAAGAAGCCAGUGGAACAAUGUUCAUUAAUUCGGCUUUCUGCUGGCAUGGUGAAUACAUCAGAGAAAUCCACCAACUGCAUUAAAGAUGCUUCUGACCUUAGUAUUGUUCCAAUUGAUUUGCCCCCUGUUCUGAAGUUUCCUUCCCCUAGUGUCUCGCCAAAACCGAACAGUUGCAGGAAAAGUCUUAGGACCUCAUCAACAGUAACAGCUUCCCAGAGUUUUCCUACUCAGAGUAACUUGAAGGCUGUAAGAGCAUCCAUGGCAAAGCCUUCUUCUAGUAACUUCUGUUUGUAUUCUCUCUCCAAUCGCAAUUCUUGUUUUGCAUCAACCGAUCAUUUGGCCGAAACUCUUCAUCGUGGUCUUGAAAUUAUCGAGAGUCAACGCCUCAGUCCUGCACUGAGACAAUCAUCAUUUAGAUUCUCUUGCAUGCCGAAGGAUGUUAAAGCAGUUAUUCCAGCUGCGAAAGUUGAUGUUGGUGUCCAAACUCUUUUUCAUGAUGACCAACUAAUGGACAACGGCACCAUGGAACAACUAUGUAGUAAAUGCAUGAUCACAACUGACCAGCAGGGGCUCUUAAAUGAUGAUGACCAAAAUUUACAGUUAUUCCCUGUCAAUGGGUCCCCUUCAAAUGAUAUGUCCCACAAGAAAGUUCCCAAGGCAGUAGAAAAGGUUUUGGCUGGAGCUAUUCGGAGAGAAAUGGCAUUAGAAGAGAUGUGUGCCAAACAAAACUAUGAGAUCAUGCAACUUACUCGUUUGGCCAAGCAGUACAAACAUGAGAGAGAGUGUAACGCAAUAAUUGGUCAAAUUCGUGAAGAUAAAAUUGCUCGACUUGAGCGCCUGAUGGAUGGAAUAUUACCUACUGAGGAGUUCAUGGAGGAGGAGCUCGUAUCCCUAACUCAUGAACAUAAGAUUCUUCAGGAACAGUAUGAUAACCAUCCUGAUGUUUUGAGAACAAAAAUAGAAUUGAAAAGAGUUCACGAUGAAUUGGAAAGACAUCAAAAUUUCUUUGACUUGGGUGAGAGGGAUGUUCUGUUGGAAGAAUUACAAGAUUUAAGAACUCAGCUGCAAUCUUACUUGGACUCUUCAGGGAAGACGUCAAAAAGACAAACCCCUCUUUUAAAACUAACAACUUCACAUGAGGCAGGUGCAUUGUCUACUCACACCACUAAUUCAGGUUUAAUAGAUAAUGCCAAAGAGAGACUUGGGCAGGAGAGAAUCCAGUGGACUGAAACCGAGAGCAAAUGGAUUUCCCUAGUGGAGGAACUUAAAACAGAAAUUGAAGCCAAUCGAUCUACUGUUCAAAGGCAAAAGCAAGAGCUGGACAUAGAAAAGAAGUGUUCCGAAGAGCUUAAAGAAGCAAUGCAGAUGGCAAUGGAAGGUCAUGCACGCAUGCUUGAACAAUAUGCCGAGCUUGAAGAGAAACACAUUCAACUGCUUGCCAGACAUAGGAAUAUUCAAGACGGUAUUGAUGAUGUGAAGAAAGCUGCAGCAAAGGCAGGGGUAAGAGGUGCAGAAUCUAAAUUUAUAAAUGCCCUAGCCGCAGAAAUCUCAGCCUUGAAAGUGGAAAGGGAAAAAGAGAGAAGAUAUUUCAGGGACGAAAAUAAAGGACUUCAAGCCCAACUGAGGGAUACUGCAGAAGCUGUUCAGGCUGCUGGGGAAUUACUUGUUCGACUGAAAGAAGCAGAAGAAGUCGUGGCUGCUGCAGAGAGACGAGCUGUAAUGGCAGAACACGAGACUGAGAAUGCUUACAAAGAGAUAGAGAACUUGAAUUCGUUGUUGGCAGCCCCUCACUUGCUUAAAAAUGAAUUUUCUGCUGAGAGGAAUGGGGGCAGUACUGAUGAUGAGCACUGUGGAGAGGAAUUUGCUCCAUCUUAUGGUGUUGCAGAAGAGCCAUCGUCAUGGUUCUCUGGCUAUGACCGUUGCAAUGUAUAGUUUAUUUCUUAUUUUCUUUUACUAUUGUUGUAUGUAGUUACAGUCUGUCACAUGAUAUAUGAAGUUCUCUAGGGAAAAUGCCGUAGAACAAUAUGUCUCACCAGAUGUGAGGAGUAACUGUUCAUUUGUAUUCAAAAUGUGAACGCCCACAUAAAGAUUCAGCUAUUUUCAGCUUGGGAAAAUGAAAACGAA